ACCCCUUUAUUCCACACGGCGUCACGUCCUCCCGUUUCGUCUGUUCUCUGCCGUGGAACUACAGUCGAGACAUGGACUCCUUCCCCCUCCAGUUCACAGCGCCGAAAGUGAAGGAGCCAUCGUUUGAAACUUACAUGGAGCAAGCAAUUACGUUGAAUGGGCAUGGGGACUUAAACAGAAUCAAGGUUGAGGACGCACCGGUACCAGAAUUCAUUGAGGAUGAUCUCGUUGAAGUGGAGGUUUUUUACUGCGGUCUAAAUUUCAUGGACAAUUACCUGCGCCUGGGCAUAAUCAGAAACACAGACUUUCCGGUCAUCAUGGGCAGUGAGUGCUCUGGAAUCGCACCAGCUAGCGGAUAUGAAGUCUGUGACAUAGAGGAAGGGCAGCGGGUUUUGUGUCUGAAAAUGCAAGGUGGUCUUUUCCACGGCAUCGCCCAAGUGCCGCGGAAGAACUGCUUCCCAGUGCCGGACAACAUCAGGCUGAUAGAUGCGGUCGGUCUCGGUCUGAACUUCUUGGUGGCUUACCUGUGUCUGUUCGACUUGGCACGCCUCAGGACCGGUCAGACUGUGUUCAUGCAGUCCAUCGCAGGUGGUGUAGGCACUGCCGUUGUGCAGCUUGCUCGACUGGUCCCUUUGGUCAAGAUCGUGGGGACGGCUUCCGUAACCAAGCAUGAAAAACUGAGGGCUCUCGGUGUAGACCGCGUCUUCCGCCACGAUGAAAAUUACGUGGGGCAAAUCUUGGAAGAAUACCCUGGAGGCGCAGAUAUUGUCAUAAACACUAACGGCGGGGUAGAUAUUGAAAAAUGCUUGAAGCUGGUAAAAGCGUGCGGAAGAUUAAUCAACAUUGGUUCAAACAGCACGGCUAUAUAUCCAAAAACUAAGUUUUGGGGAUUGAAGAGGCCAUCAUGGGAUACCAGACAGAUAUCAACAACACACAUGAUCAAGAGGAAUUGCGCUGUGAUAGGUCUAAACGUCGGAGACUACCUGGAAAAUGACACGAAGAAAGUGCAAAAAAUACUGACGACAGUGUUCCAGCUUUAUACGAGGGAGCAAAUUCACCCACAAAUUCAUUCCAUUUUAGAGUUCGAGAAGGUUGUCGACGGUAUGAGGCAGCUGUGCAGUCGAGAGAACUGCGGCAAAGUAAUCCUGUCUGUUCAGGACGAGGCUGCCCGAUUGGAGGUGCCGGAAUAUGUCCUGAAUCCCCCACGAAGGGUGAGGUAGGGCUGCCGCAAAUAGGGAGACUAGAGUGGGACAGGCAGGAAUAGUCGUCGUCGUAGUCACAACGUUCGAAAGUGUGAUUAAAACGCGACGGGAGAACACACUGAAAGUCAGCGACAACCGUGGGUUUUCAGUUGGAUCAGUGGCGUUAUAUAUGAUUUAUAUAUACUGCAUUUACACUUACUUAUAUACUCCAAAUUGAUGAAUAUUGCUCUGAAUGUUCAACCUUUAUGGCACGUUGUUACUUAUUGUUGUUUUAAACAAUAUCGUUAUUUGUGUCAAAUAUAAUAUAAUCAUAAAGAUUAUUCAAUAUGCCAUUAAAGGCUUAUCUAUUGUCAUUAGCAUAGCUUCCCAUUCAGCAUUUCAUAGCUGUUUUGCUUCCGUCAGACACAAGGCUAAGAAAUCCUUUCACACUACUAUCUAUCCAUGCUUUUCUCAUCCACUUACAUUUCUCUCUUCCUUCCAUCAGAUCUGAUAAUCUUUCCCUAUUCUUUCUUGCUUUUCCUCUGGCCAAUCAGCUUUGGGACGGAUCGACUAGUGGGAACACCCAUAUUUAUUUUUAAUCUUCAAAAUAUAUCGUUAGUAUCAAAUUCAAAUUGAGUUGGCCGCGAGGGCAGAGGAGCCAUGUCACGGACUGCGCAGCCCCUGCCACCGGUGUGUGCGUGUGCGUGUCUUAGCAUUAGUUAAAGUAGUGUGUAAGUGUAAGGCCAAGGACGGAUGA